AAAACAACAAGGGUUGUGGGAAUCUUACUCCUCCUCGAAAAGUACAAUUUUUCCAAAAAUUCACACCAAACCUCACCCCUCUCCACAUUUUUCCUCCCCUUUGGAUUUUCCUUUUCUCGCCCAAUUCUCUCCUAUUAAACCCUAAAAAAUUCUACUACUAUUCCCUCAAUCAAUGGAACUUCCAAUUCUCUUUUCCUCAAUUCCUAAUCUCCUUUCCUUCUUCAUCUUUUUCUUCGUCAUUUACAUAAUUGCCUACUUCCUAAUUUUCCCUUCAUGGAAACCAAACCUUCGCCCCGAAGCUUCUAGUUGUAUAAUCUCCUUUUUCCAUGGCACUCCCGCUGUAGUUUUCGCCAUUACUUCUUUACUCUCCGACCCACAUCGUAAUUUUCACUCUCCCAAUACCCAUUUUCAGAACAUGGUUCUUGAUUACAGUAUUGCGUAUUUCUUGAUGGAUUUAGCACAUUACCUGGUUUUUUACCCAAGUGAUGUUCUCUUUAUCGGACACCAUGUUGCGACGCUUUUUGUAUUCGUUACGUGUAGGUAUGUGGUGUAUCAUGGGGCGUAUGCCAUUCUUGUGCUGUUGAUACUUGCGGAGGUUACUAGCUUCGUGCAGAAUACGUGGACACUUGCAAAUGCGAGGAAAGGGGAUGUGGAGUUUGCUGCAAAGGUGUAUGCUGUGCUUUCGCCUCCGUUUUAUGGGUUUUAUUCAUUGGUGAGAGGUAUUGCUGGGCCGUAUUUUGUAUACAGGAUGCUUUCGUAUUAUGUUAGUGGUGCUGCUGAUAGUGUUAUUCCUAGAUGGGUUUGGAUUUCUUGGGUGUUUGUUGUUGUUACUGCUAUUACUGUUAGUAUUAUGUGGGUUUCCAAUCUUUGGGUUCAACUGUAUAGAGAUAUGAAAAGGAAAUUUGACAAGAAAGUUAGGUGAGUUAAACUAUUGUGGUUUAACAAUCACUUAUAUGGCUUUAUUGAAUGAGAUAUUGGGGGAAAAAAAAAACAAAUCCUUCAUUGUCUA